AUGGUUGUACAUGUUGUGGCCCACUGUGGCGUGGGCACCCGCUCCGCUGCUUGCGAGCACACAGAGUUCCCACCACAGAGGCAGAAACCAUCAUCAGAAUUUGGCAAUUUUGAGGUGGGAUAUAGUAGAUGUAAUUCCCCUGCACGCAGUGACAUCCAUAACUACCGAGGAAAUGUAGAUACACUUGGAAGCAGAGGGUACCAGUUCAGGCUGCAGCAGGAACGAGACGUGGAUGCAUUCGUGAGCUCGCUCAGAAAGUACCCGAGCAUGACCGAGCUUUUGCCGUCCUCUAAACUGCUGGAACAACUCCUCAAAACUUCACGAAUUCACUCCCCAAAACAAUCCCAUGCCCCAGCACGCUCAAAGAAGCGCCGUUACCAUUGGGACAAGCCGCGACCCUUCGUGUCACUCAAUCCCUAUGCCCAUAAACAGAAAGAAAGUUACAGAAGACCACGAAUGAAGAAACACACCAACGCACAUGUUGAUUCAAAAGAGAAGGAAUAUUCUCCGCAAGGUGGACUUGUAAGUGUAACCGCCUUCGACUACUUGAACAGCGGAGCCGGAUCGUCAGCAGGGAACUUAACUAAAAGAAUCAAACAUACAAUCGUCAAGAAUGUUUUUAGAGAGAAUAACCGGUACAAAGGAAGACCCGUGGCUGCCUAUCCAGUUUGUCCGACGCUUCAGAGCAGAUAUGAGAUGCAUUUAAAGAAGUACCAUGCGUCGAACUCCAAAACCCCUCACGUGGACUUGGAGAACCUGCCGAUGUGUAACAAGUGCUUGCUCAAGCGACCAUGCCCCUGCGAAGCUGCCAAAGACGCCCGUCGGAUUGUAGAUAAAGAUGUUCAAGAAAUGAGACAAUUUGAAGACGCUAUCUUUUCCUGGCUUAAAGAUAUACCCGUCUAUCCAAAUGAAAACCCACAGGAUAAAUUUAUUAGAGAAGAUAUUGUUAAAAAAUUAGCAGAAACUCUUAGUAAAUUCAAUGAUGAGGACUUUGCUAUAAAGGGGAAAGAAGAAAUUAAACGAGCAUUGGAUAAAAUGCCGAUGUGGUACCCGAAGGGAGAAAACGAACAAGGGAAUUUUAAAAAUGAUCUUAUAGACAACUUGUUGGAGAAAAUAAAAGGCGUUCAAGAAAUGAAACUGUUUAAUCAAACUACACAAGACUUUUUUGAUGGCAUUAAGUUUGGAAAGAGAAUCGAUGCAGAACAAGCAUUAGAUGAUAUCAUUAGAGAAUUAAAUAAAAUAGCACUUAAUAGACCAGAAAAUAAUGACGUAUACAGAGAUCUGUUAAAAAUGAAGGCGUUUGAACUACUGGAUGGACUUCAAAUUGAAAGUAACGGAAAUAAAUACGAAUAUUUGAAUAAGUUGUCUAACGAGCUUGCAGAUCGCUUAUUAAAUGUAUCUAUUAAUGCCAAAGACUCGGGACAUAAAAUAAACUUGGAUAAAGCUAUUAAAAAUAUGCUUGAUGAAACCAAUUUUCGUAUCAAAGAUAGGGAUAAUGUAGAUAAAAAGUUGCAGUCUGUUAUAGCUGAUGUUGUUGCUCAAAAUAUUGACAAAGAUGAAGCUGAAAUUUAUAUAAAAAGUAUAUUAGACGGAAAAGUUCAAGAUAGCGAAAUUGAAAAUAUCACUAAUAAGAUACUUACAUUGGCAGAAAUAAGUCAAGAUGCAGUAAAGGUAGAUCCAGAAAAAGGAGAAGUACGAGACAUCCUAUCCGGGGUUCAAAUCAAAAACAAGGGAGAAGUAGAAGACAAUUUAAGUAAACUUAUUGCAGAUAUUACCGCAAAAGAUAUGGAUAAAGAUCAAGCUAAAACACAAAUUAAAGCUCUACUCAAAGGAAAAGUAUCGGAAGAUAAACUCAAAGAUAUUACUGAACAAGUACUAAAACGGGCUGGUCGGGUGAAACCGAUUGAUGAUGAAACAAAACAAGUAAUAAAAGGAGACGUACAGGACAUCCUAUCUCAUUUUCCAAUCAAAAACAGGGGGAAAGCAGAAGAAAAUUUAAGUAAGCUUAUUGCAGAUAUUACCGCGAAAGAUAUGGAUCAAGAUCAAGCCAAAACACAAAUUAAAGCUCUACUUAAAGGAAAAGUAUCGGAAGAUGCCCUAGAAGAUAUUACUGAACAAGCACUAAAAUUAGCUGAUCGGGUGAAACCGCUUGAUGAUGAAACAAAACAAGUAAUAAAAGGAGACGUAAAGGACAUCUUAUCUGAUUUUCCAAUCAAAAACAGGGGGAAAGCAGAAGACAAUUUAAGUAAGCUUAUUGCAGAUAUUACCGCGAAAGAUAUGGAUCAAGAUCAAGCCAAAACACAAAUUAAAGCUCUACUUAAAGGAAAAGUAUCGGAAGAUGCCCUAGAAGAUAUUACUGAACAAGCACUAAAAUUAGCUGAUCGGGUGAAACCGCUUGAUGAUGAAACAAAACAAGUAAUAAAAGGAGACGUACAGGACAUCUUAUCUGAUUUUCCAAUCAAAAACAGGGGGAAAGCAGAAGACAAUUUAAGUAAGCUUAUUGCAGAUAUUACCGCGAAACAUAUGGAUAAAGAUCAAGCUAAAACACAAAUUAAAGCUCUACUUAAAGGAAAAGUAUCGGAAAAUGUCCUAGAAGAUAUUACUGAACAAGCACUAAAAUUAGCUGAUCGGGUGAAACCGCUUGAUGAUGAAACAAAACAAAUAAUAAAAGGAGACGUACAGGACAUCCUAUCUGAUUUUCCAAUCAAAAACAGGGGGAAAGCAGAAGAAAAUUUAAGUAAGCUUAUUGCCGAUAUUACCGCGAAACAUAUGGAUAAAGAUCAAGUUAAAACACAAAUUAAAGCUCUACUUAAAGGAAAAGUAUCGGAAGAUGCCAUAGAAGAUAUUACUGAACAAGCACUAAAAUUAGCUGAUCGGGUGAAACCGCUUGAUGAUGAAACAAAACAAGUAAUAAAAGGACACGUACAGGACAUCCUAUCUGAUUUUCCAAUCAAAACCAGGGGGAAAGCAGAAGAAAAUUUAAGUAAGCUUAUUGCAGAUAUUACCGCGAAACAUAUGGAUAAAGAUCAAGCUAAAACACAAAUUAAAGCUCUACUUAAAGGAAAAGUAUCGGAAAAUGUCCUAGAAGAUAUUACUGAACAAGCACUAAAAUUGGCUGAUCGGGUGAAACCGCUUGAUGAUGAAACAAAACAAGUAAUAAAAGGAGACGUAGAGGACAUCCUAUCUGAUUUUCCAAUCAAAAACAGGCGGAAAGUAGAAGAAAAUUUAAGUAAACUUGUUGCGGAUAUUACCACGAGAGAUAUGGAUAAAGAUCAAGCUGAAGCACAAAUUAAAGCUAUACUCAAAGGAAAAGUAUCGGAAGAUAAACUCAAAGAUAUUACUGAGCAAGCUCUAAAAUUAGCUGGUCGGGUGAAACCGUUAGAUACAGACACACAACAAAACAUUAAAGAAGAUAUAAAAGAAAUUUUUGACAAUUCCGAUAUUCAAAUAAAGAAUAGACGGAAAGUAGAAGAAAACUUAAGUAAACUAGUAGCUAAUAUAUCAAAAGGCAUGGAUAAAGACAAAGCUGUAAGACAAAUUAAAUCUCUCCUUAAAGAUGUUCCGGAACAUAAACAGGAAGAAAUUACUAAAAAUAUACUUUCAUUAGCCACAAAAACUGAACCUAAAUAUAAAUCAAUAGAUCCGGAAACUAAACAAAAUAUAGAUAAACAGAUAAGUGGUAUCCUUUAUCAGUCAGAACCUGAUAUAAAGGACAAACGCAAAGUUAAAGAAAAGUUACGGAGUAUUGUAUCCGACAUACUGAUGAAAAAAAUCGGUAGAGACAAAGCUAAACAGUCUAUUAAAAGUAUACUUAAGGGUAAAAUACCGAAGGACAACGUAGAGAAUACCACACUCAAGGUCUUAGAGUUAGUUAAAAAUAUAGAGGAUAAUCAAAGUAUGCAUUAUCCUAUAUCAGAAGAAACCCUUAAAGAAGCCAUAAGUGACAUCUUUGAUCGUUCUAACAUCCGCAUUAAAAACAGAGAUAAAGUUGAAGAAAGUUUACAUGAUAUUGUAAGCGAUCUAGUUAUGCGCGGUUUGGAUAAAAAUAAGGCUCAAGAUUACAUCAAUAGUACGCUCAAGGGAAAUGUACCGGACAGUCAGGUUGAAGAUAUCUCUAAGAAAAUAUUUGCCCUGGCUGAGAAUCUAUCGCAAAGCUAUAGUGAAUACAGCAGCGGCCCAGUUGCUUCUUCAACUCAAAAUGAAGAAAAAAUAUUAUUUGAUCAGGUCUUUGAAGUUAUAAGAGAUUGGUUAAAAAAUCUGCAGAUCCAUUUAAGUAAUAAUAAAUUGAAUGUAGUAGCGGAGGCUAUAGCAAAUGAAACUUUAGACAGGCGGAAGUAUUUGCAGCUCAACCCAGGAGUAAAAAUCUCAGAAGCUAAGGAAUCGGAAAUAUUAAAAGAACAAAUUUAUAAGGUUCUAAACAAUUUAAUAGACAAAAAAAUGGUGCAGUCAAUUAUGACACAAGCUGAUGAUUUAAUGAAUUCUCUAAAACAAAUUCCUACUCUUCAAGUAUCUAAGGACUAUAGCAAAGGAUUGGUUCAAGACAGCAUACAAUUCGUUCAAGAAAACUUAGAAGGUGCUUUGCUAAAUUGGUUAAGGCAGUCACCAAUUUAUUUAAAUAAGGACCUAAAAAACAAACAAACCCAGGAGCAAAUAAUGGCAGAGUUAGCUGGAUCUCUAGCAGCUGUUUUUGGCUCUCAAGCAAUACAAAAACCAGGUACGAAUCCGGACGAAGUUUUGUUAAAAGAAAUCUCUAAACACAUAGAGCGAUUCCCGUUAGGGCCUGAAUUUAAAUCUAAAGAAUAUAUUCGGAAACUGUGUUAUAAUAUAUUAGACUAUCUGAAAAAAAUACAGUUGUUUCAAGAUAUUUCAGCAAGAGAUUCACAAAGAAUAAAGUCUUCUUUCAUGUCUUCAACAAAUCAAUUAAAUGACAUUGUCAAGGAUUGGUGUGAUGCAUUGCCGCUUUCAGAUACAGACGGGUCUUUUCGAAUAAAACAAGAUCUUGCCAAUAGAAUAAUAUUAAAAGUGGGAGAAAUGAAUAUGAACCAAGAUAUAUUUAAUGACGAUUUGUUAUAUGAUGAAAUCCUGCAAGAUUUUAUUGAUCAACAGAUAAACGAGUUGCCAAUGGAAACGCAGAUUACUGACAUCAGUAAAAAACUUCUCACUGAUCAAAUUAAACAAAUUAAACAAAAACUACAAGACGAUUUUAUUGGAAGAAAAUACAAGCAACAACUUCGCGAUACUAUAUCAAAUGUCUUGCCUUCAAUAGCUUUCCCAACGGCAGAGGACCUGGCAUCGUUCGAGUUGAUGAAAGAGAAUCUUGCGGAUGCUUUUAUCAACCUAAAUUAUUCAGUAGAAGAUGACACCGCUAGGGCUAAAUUUAAACGCAAAAUAAUGGAUGAAGUCAACAAAUAUGUUAAUGACUAUUUGAAACGGUCUCCAGCAACACCCGUCAGUACAAGAAAGCUUAACGAGGACUUGUAUAAUGCUUUAAAGAAUGUGCCAGUACCCGACGAUGAAUCAAUGCGAACUGAAGUAGAAUCUGUACGAAUGAAAGACGUUAUCAAUGAUUGGCUUAAAACAUUGCCUAUGAGUAAACAAUCUAUAUCGGAACAAUUACAUACGAAUAAAGUAGUAACACUAAUGGCGCAAAAACUGCAAGAAUUAGAGAACGAGUUUCACCCCGAUUUUGAAGAAAUUUCAAUAGCAGAGAUUGCCUCAUACCUAAAGAAGCUUCCUUUAAAGAAUAAAAACAAUCUACAAGAGAUGGCUAAGAAAUUAGUCGACAAGUUAAAAAAUACUGCUGAAUCAAGAGCAUUUGUUGAAGGAACAAGAUCUAAACUCACUGAUGACUGUUCAUGUGAAGAUUUUGCAUUGCCAUGCAUUCCAAGGCGAAUUAGCUAUCCGUCCUGUGCAUCUUUUAUCCCUCCUUGUGGAUUAAGCAAAGAAGACCAGGAAAAAAUGCAACGAAUAAGAGAGCGGGCUGUGCUUUGUGAAGCUGGUACACAAUCACGACGAUGUAGAGAUGCCGCAGUGAAUCCGCCGCCCUUGAAUCAUGAGAGUCAAACAGACAUGCCAUGUUGUCAACAUGCACAGAACACUGAACAAGUGUGCUCUAAAUCUGCCACACUAAAAACCAAACGAAUACCAAUGAGUACUCGUCCUUGCCCAUCGACUAAAGGCCAGGCUGACUGCUCCCCAUACAUCAUAGUGAAAGAAUAUUAUAGGGAUUCGAACUUAGAUAACACUGUAGAAAACGCAACUCAAACACCCGUUGAGGAAUCUGGCAGAAUAUGUAUACCUUCGUCAUUCUUAAAUACUGAACGCAUCGACACCAAGAAGACAAUUUACUAG